AUGUGGCGACCUGCUUUCCUAUUUCCCGAAACCUCGCCUGACCACCAAGAAGAAACGAAAAAGGUAGAGCCCAAGAAGACUUCAGCAACAGCAUCCAUUGGUCGUCCCAGUUUCUUGUUUCCAGAACUUCAAAUUCCAGUUUCCCCCCGAACUGAGGAUGAGAACAAAGCUCCGGUUGGUGAAAGUAUUGGUGAAUUCCAACUGGAACUCGAAUCCGACGAUGAAUGGGAAUCAGUGGAAGAUAUCAAAUUUGACAUGCCCGACGACAUCAACGAAGGAAGCGCGAAGAAACGUAGUAGCUCCCAAUCUUGGAUGGGCAGCAAGUUGAAUAGUUCUACUUCAAGUAUCAGUGCAUGUUCGACCGUCAGCUUGGAAGAUGCCUUGAAAGACUCUGGAGAUUUCCAAGGAGAUUCUGGAGACCUUGACUUUGAUAUGGGAGACCGGUGGAAAACCGCCCUGAAGGAGUCAUUGGAUCAACCCCUCUUCAUAGACUUUGAGCGAAACGUACGCAAGGAGGCAAUUCGCAAGCUCGGCAAAAAGAACCGCAGGAAGCUCGGCAAGAAGAAGAAAGAUCGUCCUGAAGGACUGCGCAGGCAUAGCUCGGAGCCAGAUUUGUUUCCAUCCGACGGAGCUCGUAGGCGUAACUCGGAGCCAAAUUUGACUCCAUCAGUAGGUUGA